AUGAAUUUAAGCGACUAUUUUGUGGACAAUGAGGACGACAUUGUCAUCAGUGGAAUAUCGGGACGCUUUCCAGAGUCGGACACAAUCGACGAAUUGAGAGACAAUUUGUUUGCCAACAAAGAUCUCGUCACUGAAGAUGAGCGGCGAUGGCCGCGGGGUUUGUAUGGAUUGCCGACGCGAAGCGGAAAAUUGAAAUCGUUGAACAAAUUUGACGCCCAGUUCUUUGGUUUAAGUGGUAAACAGGCCGACCAUAUGGACCCGCAGGGAAGGCUGUUAUUGGAGGUCACACACGAGGCUAUUGUGGACUCAGGCUACAAUCCGGGAGCACUUCGGGGCACAAACACCGGAGUAUUUAUCGGCGCCUCCCUCGCAGAGACCGGUGAGAGUCUGACGAGUGAUCCGACAAAGAUUUCUGGUCAGGACUUCAUAGGAACCAAACGCCAUAUGCUGUCCAAUCGAGUGUCCUAUACCUUUGACCUGAGGGGACCCUCUGUGUCUGUGGACAGCUCCUGUAGCUCAUCGCUAGUGGCCCUGCAGUUGGCCUACUCUGGAAUGCGGGCCAAUGAGUUUGAAAUGGCGAUUGUGGNCCGGUCACAGAAAACAUGGUCUUCGAGGACAGUGUGGUUGCCGUCAACUCGUUUGGUUUUGGCGGCACUAAUGUUCAGGUUUUACUGCGACCGAACCACAAAUCGACUGCAAAUGCUGUUCACGACUCGAGAGAGCGUUGACUUUGUUUUGAAUUUCAUUCGCGACCACAAAGACAGGGUUUCCGACGACUUUCUCACGCUUCUCAAUGACGUCACCGCUGGUCACGAGUCCAAUGCCAGCGGUUUCAAAGGCUAUGCCAUCCGCGAUGUGUCCAUCAAUGGCUUCGUGGAAAAGGAGAGAAAUGUCACGAAAUCAGACGUUCGGCGUCCACUUUGGUUCAUAUUAUCGGGAAUGGGAACUCAAUGGACAGGAAUGGCCAAAGGAUUGAUGGGAAUUGAGAUCUUCAACCGAUCCGUUCGGAACUCGGCUGAGAUUCUGAAGCCCUUUGACAUCGAUCUCUUGCAACUAAUCCUCAGCGACAGUGACGAGUCUUUAAUGUCACUUCUGGGGUCGUCUUUGGGCACAGCGGCCGUCCAAAUAGCACUGAUAGACAUUCUGAGAGCACUGGACCUGAAAGCCGACGGAUUCAUAGGAAACUCUUUGGGAGAACUAUUAUGCGGUUAUAUUGACGAAGCGCUGGACGUCCGGGAAGUGUUGUUAUUCACGUACUGGAGGGCCAAAUGCAUAGAACAGGCAAAACUGCCCCGGGGUCUGAUGGCUGCCGUCGGGUUGUCCUGGGAUGAGGCCACUCGCAGAUGUCCAGCGGGUGUAGUGCCCGCCUGUCAUAACGCUCCCGAUUCGGUGACCAUUUCAGGUGUAUAUGAAGUUGUGGACAGUUUUCUGUCGGAACUAAAGAAAGAGAAUGUGAUGACAAAAAGGGUGAACAGCAAUGACAUCGCUCUCCACAGCUCGCAAAUGAAGACAAUAGCACCGGAUUUGCUGAAGAAGUUAAAGUCUGUGAGCACUUCUCGGCGUCUAAGAAGUCAUAAAUGGAUCAGUACUUCAGUGCCGGCCAGCAAUUGGUCGACACCCGAGAGUCAGUACUCAAGCGCCGAGUAUUACGUCAAUAACCUGACGGCGCCGGUACUGUUGCAGGAGGCGCUCCAAUAUAUUCCCAGCAAUGCUGUUGUAGUCGAAGUGUCUCCGCAUUCACUGCUGAAGAAUGUGGUCAAACACAGUGUGACCGGUAGUUAUGUCGGUCUUAUGAAACGCAAGAACGCCGACAGUUUACACCAUUUACUCACCUCUUUGGGCCAACUCUUCACUUUAGGUCAAAACCCCAGAAUCGAGAACUUGUAUCCAAAGAUCUCUUAUCCUGUCAAAAGAGGGACACAAUCG